AUGGAAGUGACUCGUUCAGCUACUCAAGCAGCAAAGCAGAUUGCUGGAACAGUCUCAUCUACUACAGCAAGAAAGCCAGUCUCAAGAACUACUAAUGAUAAUGAACCAGAAAGAAAGGCACCAAAUAAAGGAAGAUCUGCCAAGACAAUAGAGACAAAACCUGAGAAGGGUAUUUCUUGCAAAAUUGAUAGUGAAGAAAAUACUUUGGAUUCACAAACUAGUAUGAUAAAUGGAAUAGAUUCAGAUGGAGUCUCAUCAAAAAUGGAAAACUUACCUAAGGCCAAUACUGCAAAAAUGAAAGGGAAGAAUUCCUUUGCACCUAAAGAUUUUAUGUUUCAGCCACUGGAUGGUCUGAAGACCUAUCAAGUAACACCCAUGACUCCCAGAAGUGCCAAUGCUUUCUUGACACCCAGUUACAACUGGACCCCCUUGAAAACAGAAGAUGAUAAGACUCAAGAAGCAACAAAAGAAAUUUUGGCACUAAAAUGUAAAAUUUACGCUACCAAGAUAGUACAGCAAGAUUCAAAUAAAUUACAAAGUCCUUUGAGUUCUCUGACAGUUUGGAAUGAAGAACAUGUCUUAAAUCAUAGUGAAGCUACAACUAAAAAUUCAAAUGUCAUUCCAAUAAAAGAGGUCUCAUCACUUGAAAUAAAUGAAGGACAGAUAUCUCAGCCACAACAUGAUGUGCCAUAUUUCAGAAAUAUCCUCCAGUCAGAAACUGCAAAAUUAACUUCACAUUGCCUUGAGUGGGACAAGAAGCUUGAAUUGGACAUUCCAGAUGAUGCUAAAGAUCUUAUUCGCACAGCAGUUGGUCAAACAAGACUCCUUAUGAAGGGAAGUUUCAAACAAUUUGAAGGACUAGUGAAUGAUUGUGAAUAUAAACGAGGUGAAAAGGAAACUACCUGUACAGAUCUGGAUGGAUUUUGGGAUAUGAUUAGUUUUCAGAUAGAAAAUGUAAACCAGAAAUUCGACAAUCUGACCAAACUUGAGGAAUCUGGGUGGCAAAACAAUAAUUAUACAAGCAAAAAAGUCUUCCGGAAAAAAAUUGUCUCAGGUAUAGCAAGUAAACCAAAACAGGAUGAUAGUGGAAGAAUUGCUGCUAGAAAUCACCUAGCUGCCAUAAAAAAUGCAAUGAGAGAGAAAAUUAAACAGGAAGAACAUGCUGAGGCAGCAGCCUCUGUAAUACCAAAGGAAGUUGAUAAAAUAGUAUUUGAUGCUGGAUUUUUCAGAGUUGAAAGUCCCAUUAAAUCAUUCUCAGGACUUUCUAUCUCUUCUCAACGUCCUUCUCAAAGACUUAAAACACCUAAGUCUAUCAGCAAAGCUGUGUCUCAAAACAAUGAUGCCAUGGGCCUCAUAAGACAAAUUACAUCAUCAGAGUAUCCUGAUCCUCAAAAUAUCAAAAAUGAAUGUGAUGAUAAGAAGGCUUUGUUUUCAAAUAUUCCUGAAAGGAGGAACAGCAUAGUAGAAGAUGCUCAGUAUCCUGGAUUACAAGAUUUAAUUGAAGUGAACCAUGAUGAAAAUAAGAUAAACUUUGAGAUGGUUUAUUUAUCCAGUGAAAGACUGAGUUUGCCUCUUCUUGCUGGUGGAGUAUCAGAUGAUAUUAAUACUAACAAAAAAGAAGAAAUUUCAGAUGUUGUGGAGGGAAUGGAACUAAAUUCUUCAAUUACAUCAAAUGAUGUUUUAAUGAGUAGCCCUGAAAAAAAUAUAUUGUCACAAAAUAAUGUCUCACAAGAAGAAGAAACUAAGAUUUCUCAGUCAGUACUAUUUAAUAAUGAAAGUCUUACUACUGAUUGCCACCUUCUUGAUUCACCAGGCCUAAACUGCAGUAAUCCAUUCACCCAGCUGGAGGGCAGAUAUCAAGAACAUUCCAGACACAUUUCCUUUGGUUGUAACCUGAUUACCUUUUCACCUCUAAGCCCUCCCUGUGGAAAACAACCAGAAGAAUUUUGAAUUUAAAAAUAAAUCCAAACAUCUUUCUUCAUAUUAUUGAUGCUGUGAUAUAUUCUUAGACUAUUGAAAAUUUGGAGAAUAUGUGUUCGUGUUCACUUCAAUUCAAUUCACUUAUAUAGUAUAUAAUGUUUUUAAUAUUCAGUGUUCAUCAAAGUAUCUUUUAGAUUAUGAUACUCUUUCUCAAGGGAAGUGGGGAUAUUUUGUACAUUAACCAUGAAGAAUAAAAAAUGUAUCGUG